AUGUCUCCCCCCUUUUUCUUUUCUGUUUUUACCCAAGAUGCGCUUGGAGGUUGGGACGGCGGACGCAACAACGGCUUUGUGCAAAAUGGUUACCAUGACAACCGCAUGAAUGGGGGCAACAGGUACAACAGCGGCCCGCCUCGCAUGGAGAGAGGCAGGGGCGGCGGAGGUUUCCGCGGCGGCAGGGGCGGGUCCUACAACCCGGUCCAGCCCAUGCAGAACGCUGCCGUGUUCGGCGUCUACGACAACAAAGAUGGCGGCGGCUGGAACACGGCUAAAGACGCCUACACCAGCUUCAGCGCACGUCCCGACAGGGGGAAGUCUGCUUUCUUCAACAACGGCGGGAGUGCGUCCCGAGGAAGGUGAGAUGACUAGAGAAUUCAAGUCCUUAGCCAAUUCUAGACAGCUCUCAGGUUCCUCAGAGUUCAGUGCUGUACCAUGAGUCAACUCGUUAGCAAGCUAGCUUUCCUGACCCCUAUGGUUAUGUUGUGGUUGACAGUUACCAGCGUGGAGGGUUCGGAGGCAGUGGAAACGGACGCUGGGUGGAGGAGUCCAGGGAUGACGAGGACUGGUCCAAACCCACUCAGGCCAAUGAGCGCCUGGAACAGUGAGUAGUAACCUAACCCCACCCCCUUUCUGCAACAAUGAGGAGUUACCAAUGUCAUUUUACGAUACAUCACUAUCCCUGUCCUUUAUCAAUAUCCCCUCUCGUUAAAAUGAUCAAGUAGACCUUUCUCUGUCGCUUUCCUGAACUCCGUGUUUCUGCUUCUCCCCAGGGAGCUGUUCGCUGGAGGCAACACAGGGAUUAACUUUGACAAUUACGACGACAUUCCCGUUGAGGCCACUGGCCAAAACUGCCCCCAUCACAUUGACAGCGUGAGUCCCCAUGUAUUCUAGUCAACUAACCCUGUCUCAAGUCCAGAAGCCCUCAUGUUGUAUUAGUCAGCAUUUUGUUAGUAGUAUUCAAAACCAGAAACGUUUCCCAAAGGAUCUACUGAGCAGCUUGUGUGGUGCUGUGUUGUUCCCCCUGCACACAGUGACCUGUCUCCUACUAUACUGGCCCCCCCCCCCCACUACCGGCAGGGACGCUGAAACACAGUUGAGUGAAAACUGUUUGGCAUUCAUUUGAUUGACUGUGGUUUGUUUUUGUAUUUCAGUUCCAAGACAUAGAGAUGGGAGAGAUCAUCAUGAGUAACAUUGCCCUGACCCGCUACAAUCGGCCCACUCCGGUCCAGAAGUACGCCAUUCCAAUCAUCAAGAACAAGAGGGACCUGAUGGCCUGCGCCCAGACAGGUUAGAACCACAACUAGAACCAGAAUAAACUAGAACCAGAAUAAACUAGAACCAGAACAAACUAGAACCAGAACAAACUAGAACCAGAACAAACUAGAACCAGAACAAACUAGAACCAGAACAAACUAGAACCAGAACAAACUAGAACCAGAACAAACUAGAACCAGAACAAACUAGAACCAGAACCACUCUAAAUUGGAUUGGUCUGGAGAGCUAUAUGUAAAUAUGAUGUACAACAAAUGUAUUGUACUGUAGUUUGAUUUUAAGUAUAGGUAUAUGACUAAUAUAAACUGUGGUCUCUCAGGUUCUGGUAAGACUGCAGCAUUCCUGUUGCCUGUACUGAGUCAGAUCUACACUGAAGGGCCAGGAGAAGCUGUGGUUGCCCAGAAGUCUGGAGGACAGGACAAUGGAAAGUAUGGUCGCCGUAAGCAGUACCCCCUCGCUCUGGUCCUGGCCCCCACCAGAGAACUGGCCCUGCAGAUCUACGAAGAGGCCAGAAAGGUAACCAACUGCACCCCUCUCACCUGGGACAUCCACCUCACACAAGAGGAUAUUCAGCAAUACACAUGCAUGCUGACCCACCCACACAGUGUAACCACACACAGAGAGGACAUACAUCCCAUCAGCAUCAAUAGCAGCUAGGUCGGUAGCCGUCUGCCAGGGGGCCUCUGUCUCUUUGUCUCUGUGUUUUUGUGUUGACGGCCAACCAGCCAAGGUUGGGAUCAGGGAACUGCAGUGUAACACACAAUCAUUGUUUGUGUUCUCCUUUCUCGACCCUUUCCCUGCCUUCUCUCUCUUUGUACCCCAUAUUCACCCUCUCCCUUCUUUCUUUUUACUGCCCCUAUAUCAAUUCCCCCAUUUCCCCUCCAUCUUCCCUGCUCUCUCUACCUCUCCUUUACUUCAUCUUUCCUUCAUCUCCUCUCUUCCACCCUGCUCUCCUGCUGUAGUUUGCGUACCGGUCCCGUGUGCGUCCCUGUGUGGUGUACGGAGGGGCUGACAUCGGCCAGCAGAUCAGAGACCUAGAGCGAGGCUGUCACCUGCUGGUGGCUACACCUGGACGCCUGGUGGACAUGAUGGAGAGAGGCAAGAUUGGCCUCGACUACUGCAAGUGAGUAGACUUACAACAAUCAGUCUGUAUUGGUGACAAACUGAGCUGUCCCAGACAUAACAUUUGGUUCUUGACUUCAUUGGUUUUGAAAAGUCACUAGACAUUUUACGUAAAGGAAUUACCUAGAUUAAUAACCUAAGCCCUAUUCGCAUUGGAUUCGUUUUACUAGGGGAGAUAGGGUUAUGUAAUUAUGUGCACAAGCACAAAUUGCCACAUCCGUAAUUUAAGUCCCGUCCGAAUCUUCCAUGUCGGUCAUUUUUACAUAGCAGGAGAGUAAUAAAUCCAGCCGGAAAAACUUUGGACCAACUCCAAGGUCCUCUGAUAAUACUAGUCCUGUGUCAAUUGACAUCCCUGUCUUGUGAGAGAAAUGUCUGGAGUUUGACAGGUGUUGCUUGUGGUUUGAGCAAGAAAACAAUAACUGAUUAGUUAAAUUGUUUAACAUAAAGUGUUGCACGUAGCAUAUAUAUAUGAAGGGCCUGUAUCAACUUUCACAGUGAAUGCUUUUGUUCAUAGGUUUUGUGCCAAUGAAUUGAAUAUCGAGAAAUGCGUCUGAAAAUGUUGUUGUUGCAUAUUUAAUGCAACCCUUGCUGUUAAUAGAUCGCAAAGCAGCAUUACAACUGAGCUAAACUUUUGGAAGUGACAAGUUCACUUUCUCAUCCAUAGCCUAAAAAUGCAUCUCAAGUGUGCUGUUUAGCUCCCAUCUGCAGGCUGGGGGGCAUUUAGGACAUCAUCUACUGCGGAUCGCUAAAAUAUCCUAAAGAUUAUGAUCGCACUUCCUCAAUCCAAAGGUGGUUUGGUAUGGUUUAGGAACUUGGGAGCCAAGCUGUAGUUGUCAGUGUAGCCUGUUUUCACCUGGACAUGUUGAAAUAUCUUCACGCCUAGAAAAAACCCUCCAGGCUUCCGUCAUAACUGUCAAUUUAUUGAGAGAAAAAAUUACGAAUUACAGGGGGCCGUUUGGGAAAAUAAAUGUGAAUCGUCCUCUGGAAUAAGACAUUCUGGGGUAAUAAUUACAUAACGUUCUCUAGUAAUCCUAGUCCCGUGCAAAUAGAGCUCUAGAUGAAUUGCGUACAUGUGGGCAAUAUGAUUCAUUCCACCUAGUCUAUCAGAGCGCAAGCAAGAGCUGAGACCGUAUUGCUUACCCCAGCACUAACUCUCCUGAUGCAGCUUAUCAAACGAUUGAUUAGUUGGCCUACUGGGCAGGAAAGCAAUCCUACACACCCAGAGUCUGACUAUGAUGGGAAAACAUGUCUACAGCCAAUACCUGUCUGUCUGUUAGCUACCUGGUGCUGGAUGAGGCUGACCGGAUGUUGGACAUGGGUUUUGAGCCCCAGAUCAGACGCAUUGUGGAGCAGGACACCAUGCCCCCUAAAGGUGUUCGCCAGACCAUGAUGUUCAGCGCUACCUUUCCCAAGGAGAUCCAGGUAUAUAUACACACACACAUCGUGUUAAACUCCACUUUUCCCAAGGAGAUCAUGGUACAUGGACAAUAAUUGUUACUCGCCAGUCCCCACAAAUGCUUAUGUAUUUGUCAAAAGUAUUGUGCUAAAUGAGGAAAGAAGGAAGGUGUUAUUUGUCCUGUCUCUCUAUGGUCCUGUAUUAACCCACCUCUCCACACACUAAUUCAAUAAACUAUCCUCCAUGUUGGCUCCAAAUGCUCUACAACUAAACACUAACCCCUCUGUCAGAUCCUGGCGCGUGACUUCCUGGAGGAGUACAUCUUCCUGGCGGUGGGACGCGUGGGCUCCACCUCCGAGAACAUCACCCAGAAGGUGGUGUGGGUGGAGGACGGUGACAAGAGGUCCUUCCUCCUGGACCUGCUCAACGCUACAGGUAACUACCUCGACUAUACCUGCCACUGACUCAACCCCCUCUCCUGUCCCCGUCUGUGUUAGUGUGGGUUACUUACUAUAACUUUUACUGGUAGUGCAGGGUUUCUCAAAGCUCAUCCUGGGGACUCUCUGACUGUGUGUUCUGGAUUUUACUCCAAUUGAGCAACAAUUUUAUAUACAUUGAUAUGAUGUGCUUGGUAAGGGCAUUCAGUUAUCUGAAGGACGCUUUGAUUGUUUGAAAUGAAAACCUGCAUGGACAGUGGGUGUUUGAGGACUGGAGUUGAGAAACCCUGUGUGUUUGUGAAUAUGUUGGGCUAGGUGGAAUCUGCAACGGCAGGAUUUCCCCAAAUCAGCUGUCUUGAUUGAAAUCAAACUAAAUCCUGAAGCCUAGUAAUUUGUUUCAUUGAUUGAAUAUGCAGACAAGUCUUUAAUAGGACAACUUCCCAGCAGAUUCCACCUGCUCCUAACACUAGGAUAGUUCCUGGUUUUUAAAUCUUGUUAGAUGUAAGCUAUAGAUCUUAGAAAAUGGGUAACCAUUCAGCUGUGAUGGUCUAGUAUUGAUUGCGUUAGGUAUGCUGUUCUUUCAGAUGGUCAUAAGCCUGGGUCGUGUUCAGUGGGCAGUUUUUGUGUCUGUUGAACGCGACCCAGUGUUGGUAGUGUCAUAGGGUUAGAUGUGAGGUGAAGACUUGUACUCUAUCCUUAGCUUAGGUAUGUUGGCUAUCAUAAACUGACCCUACCUAGUAUCCCCAAACCCCAGUUACUCCUAUGCAGAGCCAUGUACACACAGAGUUCAGGAAACCGUCCUCCAUGUUGGCACCAAAUGUUCCACAACAAUAACAUUCUAAUAAUGGGGUCGUAUUGGAACUUGUUGGUACCAUUAAUGGCGGCCAUUGAGUUUGCUGAACUCUGUUGGCUAGCCUCCCCCCUUUUUAAUGUCACUUAUGAACUGUUGAAACUGCAAUGAGUUUAUCAUCGGGUUUGGUUUUAUCCAAAGUCAUUCCGAGCGAAGUUCAGGACAAUGCAGGUGAAAACAUAGAGAAACCUGGUAAGUAGGAAUUUAUUAUUACUAAAGUGGAUGUAGAAGCUUGUAUCUCAUUUCAUAUUUCAGUUGUUUAUUGAUUUAUUGCUUGGCCUGUAUUGGUUACCCAUAUUAGUCAUCCAUUUGUGUCCAGACGAGAAGGUCCCGUUGGUGCUGAUCAGCCAUCUAGUGUGGUUGUCAUUGGGAGGUCAUUCACUGUUGUUUUGAAGGGUAUUGUCUCCUUUGUGUGGGGGUUUGAAUUGGGAAUCGGUGACUGUUGAUUUGUUUAGCCCACAUCCUGCUUGCUACUGCAACCCUAUGCCAUUUCCUACGCUUAUGCUUUUGUUGUGAUGGCCAUGGCAGCUUGCAAAACGUACACUGCAGGUAGAAAACCAAUAACAUGUUUCACUAUUCUACCAGAUGGAGAAUCAUGGAUGUUCUAACAUAUCUCUAUCUGAAUGUGCUGUAACAUUUUAAACCUUUUGAAGAAGCCCUCUGGUCGUCAUGCAUCAUGACUCACUAUCGAGUAGCCCGACAAAGCUUAAGAUAAGCAGCUUUUCUAUACCAGAGCCUCCAUCUCUUGGCAACACUAUGGAUGUUUCUCCUCACUAAACACCCCUGGUGAUUCAUCCCCUGCCUCCCCCCUCCUCUCUCAGAUCCACAGCCACACGGGGUAGUGGGUAGAUGUUGUUUCCAUACUUGUAAUGUCUUCCCUGGGGCUCGUUUAGGAGGGUACUGAGCAAGCGCUGAACGUUGCAGAUAGGAAUGCCACGAAUAGACCUGAUGCUAACACUCCAUGUCAGAAACGGAGGCCAUGUCUGUUAUACAGAAUCUGAACAUUCCACAUUGUUGUGCCCUAUUGAACGCGGGCCCAGGUUAAGCAGUGACUCACCUGUCUUCCUUCUCUUCCCCAGGUAAAAACUCUCUGACACUGGUGUUUGUGGAAACCAAGAAGGGAGCGGACGCCCUGGAGGACUUCCUGUACCGCGAGGGUUACGCCUGCACCAGUAUCCACGGCGACCGCUCCCAGAGGGACCGAGAGGAGGCUCUGCACCAGUUCCGCUCGGGACGCUGCCCCAUCCUGGUCGCCACGGCGGUGAGUCAGCAAGCGGACAUUUUGGUUUAAAUUCUACAGCUCUGUGAUGCGUAAAACAUAUCUGUUAAACUAUAAAGCCAAUCACAGUAGCUCUUUGGCCUCCUACUGUUCAAGGCCUGGCGCUUGUUUUGCAAUAUGGUUGCAUGUUGGGGUCGUUUUAUAAAGGGAGCUAACAAACUUCUGUUCAAACAAGAUAAAUAUAGUUGUAUUCUACUGUCUCUUUUACCAGGUGGCUGCCCGUGGCCUGGACAUCUCCAACGUGAAGCACGUCAUCAACUUUGACCUGCCCAGCGAUAUAGAGGAGUACGUCCACCGUAUAGGCCGUACUGGACGCGUGGGCAACCUGGGUAAGCGCCUCUACAAAGUUCAAGAACUCUGAACUCACCACUCAGCAAAACGUAACACAAUGUUUUUUUUAUUUAGAUAACUACUUGACUGUAACAUGGUGAACCCUGUCCUCUCCCAGGUCUGGCCACAUCGUUCUUCAACGAUAAGAACGGCAACAUCACCAAGGACCUUCUGGACAUCCUGGUGGAGGCCAAACAGGAAGUACCCUCCUGGCUGGAGAGCCUGGCCUAUGAACACCAGCACAAGAGCAACACCCGCGGACGCUCCAAGAGGUACACAUGCUUACCCACGCACACAUGCUUACACACACACGCUUACACACACACACUCCUACAUAAAUGAGCAGAAGUAUUAGGGGUUAAAGACAUUAUUGGUUACAUUCUCUUUCACUCUCUUAAUCACUGACUGACUCACCCUCUCUGUGUUUAGGUUCAGCUCUGGUGGCUUCGGAGCCAGGGACUACCGUCAAACCAGUGGCGGCGGCAGCACUGGAGGGUUCGGGGGUCGCGGUGGACGCCAGCCCGGUGGACACGGAGGAAACCGUGGAUUCGGCGGCGGCGGUGGUAAGAGUCCGUUAACCUCACAAUGGAGCAACAUUUGGGCAUAAAUAUUACUGUUGGUCUAUCCCACAGUUCUUAGGACACAAGUCGAAGAGUUGGUGUUUAAUUCCAACCAUGCUGCAACACUGUCCUUGUUCUCUUUCUAACACUGUCCUGACCCCCCCCCCCCAUCACAGGUGGCUUUGGAGGCAACUUUUACAGCAGUGAUGGCUAUGGAGGAAACUACUCUCAUCAGGGGGGAGUGGACUGGUGGGGCAACUAAACAUCCCUCCAACCCUAUCCCCCUCUACCUCCACCCUCCUUCCUCCCUCCACCAUCGCAGUGGGCCGCGCCACGCCAAACUCACUGAUAAGGAAACCACAUGUGUAACCUAAGCCAGACUAUAUAAACCCCCGUGUAGCUUCCAAACAGACUGCAGUACAUUACCAGCUGUGAUUCUCUGACCGCUUUUCCAAAAAAUGGAGCUGAGAGACAGGGGACCGAGAGGACAGCUGACCAAUAGGACAGCUGGAGCCACUGAGAGAUUCCUAAAGAAACAUGGCAACGCCAGGCUCCGGAAUCAUCGUGUGGUCGCCUGUAGUGACAAUAGCGUAUUUAGGAUCUUGGGACUUGCAGUUUUUUUUUUUU